AUGGACUUCUCAAACUCAUACAUGUUAUCACUACAAGCCACAAGAAGCCAGACCAGUAGCCCGGUUGCAUUUGUGGGAGGCAUGACGGAAAGAAAGACCCAGGUUGGCACAUCACUAUGGAACCCUUCGGUCCGGGCGCAAACCGGGAGUGACGAGUUCGAGCACUAUGCCUUCCACAGCACCGCAGGCUCCUCAACAGCACCUACAAAUGGCAUCUCCUCACUUUCUCAAGAAUCGGAAUACCCCCCUUCUCCCUGCAGUUCCAUUCCCAAUAACUUCAAGCUCGACUGCGACUCAGACACCUCCAUGUUGAGCACCGCCCCCGCCUCCGAGGCCGGCGAUAACUUUCUUGUCAGCAACCCAUAUCCUGCGUACAAUCUCCUUGGUGACAGCAACAUGAAUGGCAUAAGCACCUGCAGUAGCGUCUCCAGUCCAGUUUCUCCCUCGGCUAGCCUUGAUAGCGCCCCGACUACUGCCUCUAUUCUCCCCGGCAACAACAAAGCCGAGCUGCCCUAUGCGCAGCUUAUCUACAAAGCGUUCAUGAGCACCCCCAACAAGGCCAUGACACUGCAGGAUAUCUACCAAUGGUUCCGCGAGAACACCGAAAAGGGCAAGAGUGAUACAAAAGGGUGGCAGAACAGUAUCCGUCACAAUUUGUCCAUGAACCAUGCGUUCACCAAACGAGAGCGCAAGCCCGAAGGUAGCACCAACACCAACAUGAACGAUGAAGACAAUAAUGCCUCCACAGAUUCCAACAAUAGUGAUAACAAGAAGUCCACGGAAUGGUAUCUCGAGCCUUGGGCAAUCAAAGGCGGCGUCCAGUCUACCACACGCUACCGUAAGGGCAACCACGCUUCGCGACGGGCUGCGGCAGCCUCGGCCUGCAACGCCUCCCGCCGCCACAUGAAGGACGGCAAGUACGAUUUGUACAGCACCGGCAUGUCCACUCUAUAUCGCUCUUCCCCCUCCCUUGCCAACCGUAACAAGAUCUCCAAGUCGAACAACCGCGCUACACUUCGUAGCAACGGAACGGCUCCUACGGAAUUGCAAAUGCACUACUAUACCUCCAGCCAUCACAUCCCUCAACAACAUCCCUUCGGAGUCAGCAUGGUUACCUCUGCGCCUGAGCAACACUACAACCCGUAUAUGUCUCCCGUCUCUGCAAGGCCGGCGGUGACGCAUAGUUUGCCAGAAAUAAUGUCCAUGUCUGCUACCUCUGCCCCUUCCUGCGCCGCUGACUUUUACGAGUCCUACACCGACCCUGCCAUCCUUGCCUCUUCGCUCGAGCAACAGCAACAGCAACAGCAACAGCAACAGCAACAGCAACAACAAGGCCAAGCUCAAAGGGAGGCGUCGGAGCCGAUUUCGGUGAUGAACGAGCCCAUCACUCCCGAGGCCAGUUUCGGCAGCCCUUCGCUCAUGGCGACGAACCCCACGAGCAGUAGCGCGAGUUACUAUCCCAGCCCUGAGGAUCACGCCAUGAGCUUUACCAGUGUCCAUCACCACGCCGGGUAUCAUCAGCCUCAAGUCUACCAGGGCGAGUCCCGGUAUGGCCAUCACAACGGCUGGGAACAUGCCCAGGGCGUGGCGGUUCCAGCUACGGGAAUGAUGUAUGGGCAUUAUGCAUAG